AUGGCGCUUAGUUUUCGAUCCCUGAAAUAUUUUUCGCUUUUUGUCUGGUCUUUUUAUGGACCUGCAUCAUCUUCAUUGCGAAACGUCAUUGCACUCCUUGAUAUGUUUCCCAAAGCCCAUUUAUGGACAAUAAGCAACAAUAUCCUCGUCGACUUUUGGGCG